CUGGGUUAAUGAUUAAUAAAUACGAAGAAAAACUAGCAGAUUAUCAAUAUCAGUUAGAGGUAGGUAUUUUUAAUCAAUUGGAAUAUCAGAGCGAACAAGAAAACCAGCAGUCAGAUAAUUUUGCUGUGGAAUGA